CAAAUAGUAAUAGAAAUGUUAAGAAUAUCAAAAACAAACACCACCGAAAAAUAGCCCAGUCUCUCUCCCUCUCCCUCCCUCUCCCUCUUUCUUUAGUCUCGAUUUCUUCGAUAAUCAAAUACGAUUGAUUCUAUCUCCCCGAUUAGGAUCGGCCAAAAUUAUCAAACAGUUUUUACAGAUAUUGAUCGGCUUAGAUGCUGUUUUGGGUAUCUGGGGUGUCAUGUUAUAAGGACUUUUGAGAAGAUGGAGUCUCAUGAUGAGACUGGAUGCCAGGCUCCAGAGGGCCCCAUCCUCUGCAUCAAUAACUGCGGCUUCUUUGGAAGUGCUGCUACAAUGAACAUGUGCUCCAAGUGCCACAAGGACAUAAUCCUGAAGCAGCAACAGGCUCAAUUGGCAGCAUCAUCCAUCGAGAGCAUUGUGAAUGGCAACUCUAGCGGAAAUGGAAAAGAACCUGUGGUUGCUGUUGCUGUUGAUGUACAGUCUGCACCAGUAGAGGUGAAAAUCAUCUCUACAGAACCAUCAAGUGCAACUUCAAGCAAGCCUUCUGAGAUGAAGGCAAAAGAGGGACCCAGUAGGUGUACCUCUUGCCGAAAGCGUGUCGGUUUAACAGGGUUCAGUUGUAGAUGUGGAAACCUGUUCUGUGCAGUUCAUCGCUACUCUGAUAAGCAUAACUGUCGCUUUGAUUAUCGGAAUGCUGCUCGGGAUGCUAUUGCUAAAGCCAACCCAGUUGUCAGGGCAGAGAAGCUGGAUAAAAUCUAAGAGUCAUGGACUGAAGUGAUUGUUUAUGUAAUCAAGUAUGAUUCUUCUCUUUCUAUCCAUGAGUCUUGGUUUAAGUAUGGCUGCUUUGUCGUGUUAGGUGUCCUUUAUUGAUAAAAAUGAUUCAGGUCAUGAUAGGAGGACAUCUUUGCAGUCUAAGGAACUUUAUAUUCCUAGUUGAUUGGCGAGGAUUCCUUUGUUGGCUCCAGUGUGUAAGUCUUUGUUUGUGCUGGUUUGUGGACAUCUUUGUGGGUUACUUUGUAAUGUUAUUUGCUGGUUGGAAUGCAUUUCUUUCUGGCAGUACAUGGAAAAUGUACCUGCCCCACUGCUUC